AUGGGUGAUCACACCAAUCAGGAUGAUCUCACUACUGCAAUGGCACUCAUGCAGCAGCAGAUGCAACAGUUGCAGCAGCAGAUGCAACAGUUGCAGCAGACCAUUCAAGCGCAGGAACAAGCUGCUCAGCAGCAGCAGGAACAGCAGGCGCAGACUGUUCCGAUCGGGACGAGAAACCUUCCGUGUAACAUCCCUACUACGCGCUCUGCCAUUAGUGCUAUGAACUCUGCCAGCAAUGGAGAUUUCAUGACUCAGACCACUGAUGGAGCGUUUGAGCUAAUUGAGAAUAUGGCUGCUACCUCAGUCAAUAAGAACGAGGAGAGUGAUUUCUCCAAGAAAGGGAACAAGCAGCCAUUCGCUGAGACUGUUCUAGGCGCAGAAGAGAACAGAGAGCAGUCUGCUAGCUCUGGAGCGACUGCUCCUAGCGAACCUGCUGAGACUCUACCAGUGCGAGUCUAUGUUCCUAAGGUUCCCUAUCCAAUUCCACCUAAACAUAUGAUGGAUCCUAUUAGUGCAGAGCAGCUGGCUGGGUUUAGAAAGAUGGUCAGAAGGCUUCCUCAAAAGAUCUCAUUUGAACAUGCUUGGGAGAUUCGGCCAUUGCAUAUGUUCUUCAAAAAUUGCAGAGAAUCUCAGGAGGAAAUCAAGGCACUCUUUACUGAAGCACUGAAACCAUCGCUGAAGGUACUGCCUAAGGUUGAUGACCCUAGAAAGUUUGUUUUUCCUUGUUCCAUUGCUGGAGUAGAAUUCAAGGAAGCUCUUUGUGAUUCUUGGUCUAGUGUGAACCUUGUCUCAAAAGCGAUUGUAGACGAGCUGGGCAUUGUUGAUGUUGAGCCUUCUCAGGUGAAGCUGGCCUUUGCAAACUCUUCCAUGACAGUCUCUUAUGGAACCAUUCGCAAUCUUCCUGUCCAGGUUGGGGACUGUGUGCUCCAUACCGAAUUUCAAGUUGUUGAGAUGAGGAACGAUCAUGAGAUGCCUUUGAUCUUUGGAAGAUCAUUUAUGGCUACAGUGGGAGCAAUCGUCGACAUGCCUAAUAAGAGAGUCUCCUUCUCCAACAUCAAAAAGAAAAUUUUCUACAAGGCUGUCCCAACUUGA